UCCAGUACUGAGACGCUGCUAGAAUGAAGGGAGGGACUAACGGGAGCGUAAGACGGAUUAGCCUGAAUAGACACUAUAAAUCUCCACCGCAGAGACACACAUGAACCACAGACAGCUGACCGACAGAAACCUGCUCCGCUCUCUCUGACUGAGAGAACACACAUCACAACACUGCAGUGACAACUGAUCACAGAAAAUGACACAGAAAAAGGUUGCCCCGACGGUCCAAACCGUUGAAGGAAACAUGCCUCCAAGCUACGACGAGGCCAAUGCAGGAUGCCCUGGUUACUACUAUGGUGAAGGAGCUUUUUCCUGGGAUGAUACGUUCAUUAGACGAAUUUUUAUACGAAAGGUUUAUUCCAUUCUGAUGCUGCAGCUCUUUUCAACAGUCGCAGUCAUCGCCCUCUUCACAUUCCAUGCUCCAGUGAGGAUGUACAUUCAAACACAUCCUAUUUUAUACUCCAUAUCCAAUCUUCUGUUUCUGAUCACAUAUAUCUCAUUGGCUUGCUGUGGUGAUUUGAGGAGGCAGUUUCCAUGGAAUCUUAUUCUACUUUCAAUCUUUACUCUGAGCAUGGCUUGCAUGUUGGGUUUUAUCUCCAGUUUCUACAACACCAAGUCUGUGUUGCUGUGCAUCGGCAUCACUGCCACAGUGUGCCUGUGCGUCACCAUCUUCAGCUUUCAGAGCAAGAUUGACAUCACCUCAUACCAAGGUCUUCUCUUCAUUCUGUGUAUGGUCAUGUUUUUCUGUGCUAUUGUCAUGGGAUUGGUGGUUCCCUUUGGCUAUGUCCCCUGGUUACAUGCGGUCUAUGCCAGCGUUGGAGCUGUUGUAUUUACCAUGUUUCUAGCCUUUGAUACGCAGCUGCUGAUGGGGAACAAGCAAUAUACUCUGAGUCCUGAAGAAUAUAUCUUUGCAACUCUUAGUCUCUACCUGGAUGUUGUGUACUUGUUUACGUUCCUGCUGCAGUUGUUUGGUGAUGGUCGAGAAUGAGUCACGGUUGUGUAGUAAUAUUCUCCGUCCAAACUGUUCUGCAACCUCAAUGUAUGUGGCCUUUUAUGUAUUGGUAGGUUUAAGGAAAAUCAACGCUGUAAAAAUGUUUUCUUAGGUAAUUGCUUAUGGCAAAUGAUGUUACUCCUGUGUGUUAAUAUCAGUUUUCACUCAGCUAGUUGGUUCAGAGUUCAAAUGUUGAGUUUAUAUUAAGCUCUAUUAUUUUUAUACCAAUAAUCUAUUUAAUCAGUUUUUGUAUAAAUCUUAUGCGGUUGUUGCGUCAAAAAAACAGUUAAAAUGACUAUAAUUUGAAACCCUGUCAUAUAAACAUUUAUCACAAUCUGUCAUUGUGUAUUGCAUAUCUGUCAUUUUUCAUAAUGCAUUGUAUUUCUGUAACUUUCACAUAUAGGUUAUUCUGUAUUUCUGUAUAUUCAGAUAUCUAUUCAAUGUACUACAGCACUUCUGCUUACAUAUAAACCUAGUCUGUCUUCAUUAGGCACUUUAUAGUUUUUGUCGUCUAUAAAAAGUUUGUGAAAAUUUGUAACUGAUAGAUAGAUACUAAAUGGUGGCAUUAGUAAUGCAUGAAAUAUGAUUUAUUUUUGAGCUAAUCCCAACUUUCUUGAUUACAGUUUUUAAAGUAUAUUACUUAAAAAUAAAAGAAAAGGAAACCUCUACUCUACAAGAGUAAAAUGGCAAGUUACCUUGUUAGGUUGCUAAUGGGUAUGAGAAAGCUAGAAAUAAUAGAGAAAAGAAGAUUGAGCAUAAUGAAGAAUGUCAGUACACAUGUUUAAUAGCAAUGAAUUCACAGACUGAUGAUAAUGCUAAAG